AUGCAGGCGCUUCCAUCGAAGGCGGAAGGAAACGGCGGCUGGCUGCAAAUCAGCGUUCGUGCGCUAGGCUUGUACGCUCAGACGAGCACUCCCGCCUACUGCCUUGCCGCCCUCUUCGCUCUCUCCUCCCCGUUCGGUUUCGCCUCGCCUGCCCAGGCCGCCGCAGAAGCAGCAGUCAAGGCGCAACGUCAGCAACAGCUUGCUCAGGUAUCGGCUGCAGCGUCAGCUCAAGGGUCGAACGGUCUGGUCGCACGUCUCAUCGCCAAUGCUCAAACGCAGAAAGCUGCCAAGGCUCAAGCACAGGCUCCGUUACGCACAGUACCGCCUUUCUGGCAGCUGGCUUUCUUCGCCGCUGCAUUCGGUACCGGCGGAUACAUCAUUGAUCAGGGCGAUGCACUGAAUGGAAGCGGUGUAGUCUCAGCUUGGUCGCUGACCUAUCUGCUCUUCAAGACGUUGCCGUCCAUAAGACAGCUUCCGAGGAAUCCGCUCGCGCUCUCUCUCUCGGCCGCAGUGCUCACUCUUGGUAUUGGUAUACACGGCAGUCACUACUUCGACAAGACGAGCUGGCAAGGAGCUAAACCGUCCCUGACAGGAGCCGGAAACGAUGCAAGGGCCAGCACAGAGGGCAGGUCGAAGCUGAUCACUUUCGACACUGUCGGAAGGACGGAGCAGGAUAACGGACCGAGAAGCAUCUUUGCCGGCCGAAAAUCGUCCUCAACCGCAACACCAUCAGCAGCUCUCGAUCAGAAUGCAAGCACAGAAGGCUCAAGGGUCGAGUCAAUACGCAAUAACGACGGUGCCAGAACAGCUGCCUAUUUGCAUCGUCAAGGCGGAGCACAGCAAGUCGUUCCAUGA